CUCAGCAAUGAAUUUUCCCUUAAACCUUGUAUUUAAAGGUUUUGAUCAGACUGAGGGGGGCAGGACAAGAUGGCGGCAGCAUACCCUCCCUGCUGCUUUUGUGAAAUGGUUUUAACAAGGAAAAAGUGUAAAGAACUAGAGGGGAACCCCCAGUCAGAUGAAGUGCUCCAGCUCGACCAGCAACCGAAGAUUACUCAAUUCUUUCCUCCCACGACACUGGAUACUCACCUCCCUAUAGAGGAAUCGCAGACUCCAUCUUGCCUACCCCCUCCGAUUCUGGAUUGGUCUCUAGAUCAUGUAAAUGACAUUUAUGAGCUGAAAGGAGACCCUUCCUCACAAUCUCUUGCCAAGGAACUUGCACUUGCUGACCGUCAUCUCUCCCCAGAACCCAAGCAGUCUGAUUCAGAGCUGGCACAAGAGAGUUCACACCUUACAGACACAGAGCGUCCUGCUAGACUUUCUACAACCUCUUGUAUGGGAGUAAACUUAAAUAACACCUCUUUGACAGGUUGGACACUCCUGAUUCUAGAUGAACUAGAGUGUAUUAAAACCUUUCUUUCUGAGUGCAACGCUCUCUUGAACACCCUGGCGUCAGUUGCCAAGACGUUACACCCCAACACGGCACCCUCAAUUGGAGAAGUAGGUGCUUGUUACUUUCGGAAGAAGAAAUCUAAGGCGAAGUCCUCUUCCCUGCCCUCUCAACUUCGGGCAGGAAGGACCAAGCAUCAUCCUUACCCAAGCGCCGAAGGAACACUUUUCUAA